AUGGAAGAAAAAUCUACAAAGGCUGCAGUAGCGGGUCAAGAAAAAAUUCCAGUUUCAGUGGAGGUAGUAGCGCGCAAUAACAACCCUAAAGGGACGACUGAUCAUUCAAAAGGGGUUCCAGUUGUGGAAAAAAAUAUAUGGAAACAGAAAGAGGGUUCUCACUCGCAUGUUGAAGGAUUUGAAAAAGACAAGGAAGCCUCGACUUCAGGUUUGACGGAUCACGAGAAAAGGAAAAUUCCAACUGAUAAAGAAGUCUCCUUGGAUUCACAUGAAGAAGAGGAAACAGAAAAAUCCGCGGAGCAAGAAGUUUCAGACCUGCAACUAGUUGUUUAUAAGGAUUCAGUUAAGGUUACAGAAGAGCUCCCAAAGGUUGUCACUCAGUCGCGUUUCCACGUUCUGUCUGAGAUUCAGGAAAAUCAAGAUGAUGAAGGUGAAAAGGAAACACAAAAUGAUCUUGCUAACCCUUCUUUCGAAUCAGAAGUUGAAUCAGAUUCUGAGGAUGAACUAGAAAAAAUGCAAUUUCUCAAUACAACCGCAGCAAUCUCGUCUGGUGAUGUUGGAAGAACUUUGGCUACAUCUCACUCACAGGAAGCUCGUCUAAUAGCCUCUAAUGAUGAAGGAAAGAAGAAGAAAAUGGGAAGACCAAAAGGUUCAACGAAAGCAGCGAAACUUCUCGCAGCUAAAACUCGCACAUCUGCGAGUCUUCUCAGUGAUCCUCUCUCAAAAAUGUCUCAAUGA